AUGGAUAUCAAAAUUCAACGUUAUGUAGCAGACCAGGCUUUAAAGAUUUGUUUUUCAAACUAUUCAUCUGUUGAAGUCCGAAAAGUGAAAUCUGGUGUAAUAUGUGCCGCGUUGUGUGUGCAUCAACAAUCAUGUUGUUCUUCUGGUUUUGAUAAACAAACUGGAGAAUGUUUUCUAGACCAUGCUUGUUUUCCUGAAUGUGUCCCAUCACAGAAUGCAACGUUCGUAAGAAAAGUAACAUUCCUAGAUAAAUCUGAAGAUUACGAAACAACAGUCUCUGAAAUCACUAGCGAAAAGACAACAAAGAUGGCCAUAACGAGCGAAAGAGCCAUCCACAAUGCCACAACAAGCAAACGAACAACGAACCAUGACACAACAAUGGAGAAACUAACAAGCCAAAAACCAGCAAGCAACGGACUUGACAUGACGAGCGAAAGAACCACCCUGAGUGUCACAACAAGCGAACGGACAACAAACCAUGGCACAACAAUGGAAAGACUAACAACCCAAAAACCAACAAGCAACGGACUUGACAUGACGAGCGAAAGAACCACCCUCAGUUUUACAACAAGAAAACGGACAACAAACCAUGGCACAACAAUGGAAAAACUAACAACACAAAAACCAACAAGCAACGGACCUGACUGUAGUGGUGUUACUGCCGGAAGUUCUAGUGGUGUUUACACAAUAUAUGUUGACAAUCAACCUCUCGAUGUAUACUGCGAAAUGGCAGGUUCUGAUCAAUGGACGGUGUUUCAAAGGAGAAUAGAUGGUUCAACAGAUUUCUACAGGACUUGGCAGGAAUAUAAACAGGGAUUCGGGAAUGUUAAUUCGGAAUUCUGGUUAGGGAAUGACAAUUUACAUAAGAUCUUAUCUACCGGGAACUUUAAACUACGAAUUGAUCUAGAAGACUGGAACGGUGAGAAGCGGUAUGCUGAAUACGAUACGUUUGUCGUAGGCAAUGAAGCUACAAAAUAUGUACUCACUAUUGCAAGUUAUAAUGGAAAUGCUGGAGACAGCCUUUCUACCGCACAAGAUUUAAAGUUUCAACUCAAUGGAUAUGGGUUCACAACAUGGGAUAGAGACAACGACGAAUCACCCCAUAUAAAUUGUGGAGUGACAGAACAUUCUGGUUGGUGGUUCAAUUGGUGUACUGCAGGCAACCUAAAUGGGAAGUAUUACAAUGGUGGAGUGAUUGAGAGUGACGGGAUAUACUGGGAAGCUUGGACACACUCAGAAUAUUCUCUAAAAAGUGUAUCGAUGAAAAUAAAACAGAUUUAA